GUGCGUCCGGAUACUUGUCCUGCAGAAUCACAUGUUUGCUGACCUGAUAUGUGUGGCUGAGACUUGAGGGCUUUUCACUAAACACUGACCAGCAUUGCUUACACCCUAUCCCUGCACUUUGUGGAUUUUGAUUAGCAGAACACACUGUUUUCACCAAAUUUUUGUGAUGUUGAGCUACUUGGCAAAUUAUUUUCCUUUUGGAUAGGCAGCAGCAAAUUUUGGUUUACUGCAAUUUGGCUUCCUGCUCGAGGUCCUGUUGAUUCCCCUCUUUAAAGCUGUAAUUUGUAAAUGCCUGAACGUACAAGAGUUUCCUGCAACUUCCAGUCUGGAUAACUGUUAUUUAAAGAACAAACUCUCUUAUAAUCUCCUGAAAAGAUACUGAAAACUUGUAACAUUUCACCCUGUUGAAUUGAACAUUCCAUGAGCCAUAGCCUCCACUGGUGACACAGGAUCUAUGGCCGCUGCAGCCAAGUCUCUAUUUGGGGGUCCUGCAAAGAACAUCUCAUGCUGCACCUCAGCUGGGUUCCAGCCCGAACACAAGUGUACGAAGGAGAAGGCAUUGGGAGUUGACCUGAAAAGAAGAUGGAGCUCUGAAGAGCAAUACCACAGGACUUUCCACGCUGAAACGAGGAGAAGGAACUCCUUCUACACCCAGCAAAAAGCAGAGAGGGCAGCCAUGAGGGAACAUUUCCGUAGCAAAUACAAUCUGCCUAAGAACAUGCAAGAUAAGCAUCAUGUGAAGGAAGCAGGAGGGAACAUACGAAUGUCUAGAGAUGUUCGUGCAGUGAUCCAAACGGAGGAGUCUCCGUCUGAGAACUUCUCAAUGCUUGGCUUUCUGGGCUUUCCUAGCUUGGGUAACCUGAAGAAAGGAACACAGAAUACCAUGGACUCACUCCAAUCAGGGACACGAUGCUCGCUCAUGUGACAUUUCCAAGUUACAGGUGUCCAAAACAUCCCAAGGCAUGUCACAGUUAUAUCCUUGGUCUACCAUUCCUCGUUUACCAUAUGUGGUUCUGGCAGGCAGUGUGUCAUUCAAAGGCUUCACACAGCGGGCAAUCUGUCCAAGUAUAACAAGGAGAUUAAUAGUAUGAAUGUGUUUUUACAUGUUUUUUUUUUUUUUACUUUUUAAUUCAGACCUUGUAUUUAUACUUCGAUGGAAGACUGACAACAAGGCCACAAGUCUGUGAUCUUCUACAUCUUGCCAAAUUCAACUUUUGACCUAACAAAGGAGACCACCUAAUCAGAACCUAUGUCCUAGAAGUCUG